UGGUUCCAGUCCCUAAAGCUGAACGGUGCGACUGCACCAUCUGACCGAAGGGUGGCGAGGGAGUAGUCUGAGCGGAACUAUUCUCGUUUCCGGACCAUUGGAGCUUUCAGCCGCGCGCAACCGUUGUCUAUGGAAAGAGACUGCUUGCUCGAUGAAUCCUCGCCUCUCAUUCAGUCUCCUCAGUCUCGACCGUCCGUCGCCACUGUCUGUCGCACGUCGCUGGACUACAGCAGCCUUACACGUGUACCGAACACCGAAUCAAAUCUUGAACUUUGGGAUAGACGAUCGAGCGAGGGUCUUACCAGGGGUUUGACUGGUUGCCACGUGGCACAGCCAACAGCAGGCCGCAGCACAGGACAUGGCGACGCAGCGUUAGCCGACCUCGAUGACGUGGAGCUCCUGCAGCCCUCCACGUGUCCAUCUGAGCGCGAAUACAGAAGCGGGCACGGAAGCUCACAAGCGAGUCAGAGCCGCUGCGGAGAGGUGUCUGAGGAGGGGUGUGACCAUGAAGGGGGUUCGUUAAAUAAAACGAAGAGUCUCGCAGACAGCGGAGCAGCGCGGGAUCAACAGCACCCAUGGCGAUUCCCCUGGCCGUGGUGGUGCUGCCCUUGGGAUUGCCGAGAGGAGUGGCGGUGGGUGAGCUCGUGGGACGAGUGGCGAUGGGUGUACUCGCGGGACGGGCUUAAAGCCCUGGCGCUCGGCCAGCUCAUGUCGCUGCUGCUCACCGCCACUGCCACGUGCUCCGCGCUGCUCGCCGCCAGAGGUAUCAGCAUCCCCACCUUCCAAUCUCUCCUCAACUACCUGCUCCUCGCGUCCGUCUAUGGCGCCAUCCUCAUGCACCGCAAGACUCCGCUCACUGUGCCGUGGCGGGUCCUCCUGCUCGCCUCCUUUCUUGACGUCGAGGGGAACUACUUCGUGGUGCUGGCCUUCCGCUUCACCUCGUUGACUCGGGUCACUCUCCUUGACUGCUGGGCCAUCCCAGCCGCCAUGCUCCUGGCAGCGCUCUGCCUCUCCACACGCUACCACUGCUCGCACGUCCUCGGCGCCCUGCUCUGCACUGCCGGCCUCGCCGUGCUGCUCCUCUCAGACGCAGGCUGGUGCACUUUCUGGCGAUCGGUACAAACCCAUAUUCCAGGAGGCUCCAUGCACUUCCCUGUUCGUUGUCUCUCCAUGCACUUCCCUGUUCGUUGUCUCUCCAUGCACUACCCUGUUCGUUGUCUCUCCAUGCACUUCCCUGUUCGUUGUCUCUCCAUGCACUACCCUGUUCGUUGUCUCUCCAUGCACUUCCCUGUUCGUUGUCUCUCCAUGCACUUCCCUGUUCGUUGUCUCUCCAUGCACUACCCUGUUCGUUGUCUCUCCAUGCACUUCCCUGUUCGUUGUCUCUCCAUGCACUACCCUGUUCGUUGUCUCUCCAUGCACUUCCCUGUUCGUUGUCUCUCCAUGCACUUCCCUGUUCGUUGUCUCUCCAUGCACUUCCCUGUUCGUUGUCUCUCCAUGCACUUCCCUGUUCGUUGUCUCUCCAUGCACUACCCUGUUCGUUGUCUCUCCAUGCACUUCCCUGUUCGUUGUCUCUCCAUGCACUUCCCUGUUCGUUGUCUCUCCAUGCACUUCCCUGUUCGUUGUCUCUCCAUGCACUACCCUGUUCGUUGUCUCUCCAUGCACUUCCCUGUUCGUUGUCUCUCCAUGCACUACCCUGUUCGUUGUCUCUCCAUGCACUUCCCUGUUCGUUGUCUCUCCAUGCACUUCCCUGUUCGUUGUCUCUCCAUGCACUACCCUGUUCGUUGUCUCUCCAUGCACUUCCCUGUUCGUUGUCUCUCCAUGCACUACCCUGUUCGUUGUCUCUCCAUGCACUUCCCUGUUCGUUGUCUCUCCAUGCACUUCCCUGUUCGUUGUCUCUCCAUGCACUUCCCUGUUCGUUGUCUCUCCACGCGCUUCCGCUGCUCCCGUGCCAUUGGUGCUCUGCUCUGCACUGCCGGCCCCGCCAUGCUGCUCCCGUCAAACACAUGUAGCAGCUGAGGGGGUGUGCUUCUUGCUGCCCUCUCUCAAGGCGUGUUGGCGGAAGCUAGGCUCAUGCGCUGCCACUGCUCACAUGUUGUGUCCUCAGGGUCAUCCAAGCCACCAGACAGCACUGCCGGUGGCAGCAGCAAUGCGACUUUGGGAAACGCGCUUGUGAUUCUUGGUGCCACUUUGUACGCAGCUUCCAACGUGUCAGUGGAGUAUCUGGCCCAUCGCGUGGAGACAACUGAGCUGCUUGCCUUCAUUGGAUGCUCAGGAUCCCUCAUUAGUAUCACACAGCUUCUUCUCCUGGAGAAAGAAGAGCUGCAGUCACUCUCUUUUGAUGGCAGCACUGUGCUCCCAAUGGUGGUGUUCUCUCUCGCCCUCUUCGCCUUCUACUCCCUCACUCCCCUCAUGCUUCGUCUGGGCGGUGCGGCUCUCUUCAACCUCUCCCUCCUCACCUCAGACCUCUGGGCCGUGGGUGUGUCCGCUGUUGUCUUCAACCAGCCCGUUGAGGGAAUUUAUUUCGCUUCUCUUGUGGUGGUCUCUGUGGGUCUCGUAAUUUUUAGCUUAAGAUGAAGUGGACAAUGCACUUGUUUACUUUGUUUGGUUUUGGUUUGUGCAUUUUAGUGCACUAUUCUCUCAUAUGGC